CCUUUGACUUGUCCUGUUUCUCCUUUUCUCUGUGGGGUUUGAUAUCCAGUCUGAAAAAUGAAGUCUUGCCCAGGCCUGCAGGGAUUCCUUCUGCUUCUACUCUUUAUGAGGACUUGUGCUGAUGAUUGGUCAGCCAUUCGUCUGCAAUGCACCAAUCACUGGUUCUAUCUCAGGAUUAAGGCCACGCUAUUCCACAAUAUAUUUAUGGACCCUGAUGAGGUGUUUUUAGGAUUUGGAUGCCCUGUGACCACCGCCUGGCCAAAUUAUAUCUACGACUUUACCUACCGUACUUACUCCUGUGGGAUUGUCAAUAAAGUUCUUCAUGAUGUCACUCUGCUUCAGACUAAACUUACAUACAUCUCAAAAAACUCUACUUUACGAGCUGAGAUGCCUUUGUCCUGUGUUCUGCACAGUCGGUAUCCUCUUUUAUGUGAAGCUGAAAUUAGAGGAGAUUUCACUGGCAAUCCUCCUGAAUGGGAACUAGAUAUGAGAACACAAGCUAUUCCUGAAGUGCCACUAAAAAAUGAUCAGCAGUCAAUAGCUCCUCAGUUAGGAUUGGAGGUUCCAGAACCCCUCCCCUGCUGGGAUACUGACUGAUUUGAUAUUGUACCGGUUUUAUGCAGCUGCUGAGAGUCCAUGAGGACAAAACUCAUGUUAUGUCCAGAAGAUACUGUUUCUGCCUGCUCCUCCCCUGACCACUAUACACAGAGAAGAUACCAGUGACUCACUGACUGGUCCUGUUUGACCCACAUUACUUCAUGUUUCCAUCACCUUCACUUCAAUUAUUGCCAUUUUCAUGUUACUUAAGUGGUGUAGGAACAGUGACCAGACAGUGAUGAUGGAGCAGAAUGGUGGUUGGACUCUGAUAUCAGCCCCUUAGUAGGUCUAUAUUUUGGUAAAGUACUCACAUGGCUCAAAUUAAGGUUUAAUAAAAUGGAAUCAAAUUCCCAUCAAAUGCAAAACCCAAGUAUUUUGAUCGAUUGUUACUAUAAAUCAGUGGUCCACAACCUUUCUAAUGCUGUGACCCUUUAAUGCAGUUCCUAAUGUUGUGGUGACCCCCAACCAUACAAUUAUUUUCGUUACGAAUCCAUAACUGUAAUUUUUCUACUGUUAUGAAUUGUAAUGUGAAUAUCUGUGUUCUCCAAUGGUCUUAGGUGACCCAUGUGAAAGGGUCAUUUGAUCUCCAAAGAGGUUGUGACCCACAGGUUGAGAUCUGCUCCUGCAAAUGUUUGCUGACACAUUUAUGAAGAUAGGCAUUUGUUGGUUCAAUAAAGUCAUGGCAUGAACUACACAUAUGUCAUGAACCCAUGAAUCUCAAA